CUUUUUUAAUCCAGCACACUGUUCCGCAGUUCUCACCUUUAAGCAUACAUACACAUAAACCACGCAGCAAUGACAACACCCGUCGUUCUUGACGAAGAAACUUAUACUGAAGCUCUCAGCAGUAUUAUUGAACGAGACUUUUUCCCACAUCUUGCCAAAGUCAAAGCUCAACAAAAUUACCUACAAGCUCAACAGUCCGGAACGCUUGCCGAUCUCGAACGUGCGUCAAGAGCGUUACAUCGUGCACAACAAACACCCUCUACUCGUCUAGGUACCUCCUCCAAAGGAUCGGCAACAGCUGCAGAAUCAAGCAAGUCUCUGAUUUCCUCCUCCUCAACCCCUCUCAACUAUUACAAUCAUGAAGCAGACGAUUUAGCUGAUCGCGUCAACCUCGAUCUUUCACUUGACCAGUUUCAAACUUUAUAUACAAGUGAGGACAACGCAUCGUUCACAGAAAUCUUGGAAAAAACCAAUGCAAAGCGAAGAGAAAAGUACAAAUGGCUGCUGGAUAAGGAAAAGGCGCCCAUGAUUACCGGCGAAGAGAAAAAAAUGAUCGAAUUCGCUACCUCUCCUGCUGUAUGGAAAUAUACUGCCAAAAAUGCAUUAAUGUACAUACCCAACGGUACCGGCCAAUCCUUAUUGAAUGACGUUGAUUCUCGGGCACCGCCAAAAGCCAUCAGUCACAAUAACACUCAGUUUGCUGUACCAGAGGUACCAGCUUCACGAACCGCGUCCAAGACAACGUCUACACCUCCAAUUACUGCCAAUGGAACUCCAUGGAAGGCUAUGUGUGGGGUAGGCGAUGAUAAUGAGUCAGUGUAUUCGGACGCCAAAUCCGAUUAUCGAGGCUAUCGCUUAGUAGAUGCUACUCCAACUUUGACACCGUCCCGAGUAGGAUCUCCAAUGAUGACCUGGGGUUCUAUUGAAGGGACACCUAUGCUAAUAUCCGGAUCAGAAACACCUGGACCUCGAUUUUCAUUACCAAAAGAAUCGAGAAGAGAGCAGCUUGGAAUGAAACUGUCAGAAAAGGCAUCACGAGCCCACCGCAAACGAGCCAAUGAACGUGUCAGUAAAGGAACGCCACGAUCGGGUGCUGGUCUUGCCUCGCCCGCGGCACAACAUUUAUUACGACGAAGCCAUACACCUCGUACAUCAGCAUUUGGUGACGCAUUACGCUCAUCGUACGGAAGGAAUACACCUCACGGAUCAAGGACACCUGGUGCAACACCAACGCCGCUUUUCCGUGCUGGUGUCACACCUGUUUCACGGUUCCAGUCACCUCUGCAAAAGAAAGAGUAGCUUAUCAUUUCUUGUAUACAAGCCCUUUUGAUUUUUCCCCUUGUUCAUAGCACCAAUCCACUCCCUUUCUUGUUUUCCGCACAUACAUCCGCUGAACUGCAUAAUCCUCUGUUAAUCAUCAUUCUAAUCAAUCUGAGAAUGAGCAGGAGUGAUAUUAAUCCACUCUUGUAUGUUUGUUUUUUACAAAAACGUUCAUCAUCCGUAGGAUGAAGCUUCUGCAAUUUGAUUUCUUUUGCGACAUAGCAUUAUAUGACCAGGCGGUGCCGAUAUAUAGUAUGCUAGUCAAACGGGCUUGUCCUCCCUUUAGCGAGUACGCUGCUAUAUAAUGAUCGAGACAUGUAAUCAGAUGAUGCAUAACAGUAUACAGAGGCUGGACACAAAAUUAGCUUCCUAUCGUUGGUAAACUGUUUUAACU